UUUAUUUUUCAAACUUCGUGGUAACUCCAACUAUUAAAUUAAUCAUUAUUGUUAUUUUGUUCUCAUGCCACUUUUUAAAUACAAAGAAGCUCGGGAAAAUACUUAAAUCUAAAAUACAUAAUUUGAUCAGCCACUAUAUAAUUUGGUUCGAAUACACGAAUGAUUCGCGGAUUCGGACAGCUUUGAUUCUCACUUGUUUCGAUCGCAUUCUGAACGGAAGUUCAACAGUCUCGUUCUGUUAGCGAUCGAUUCCCUCGUUGUAGUUUCCAGGAACGUUUAGUCGCUUUUUUCGGCUGGCCCUGCAAGCCAUGAUUAGCGCCUGUUUCGGGAGUUUCGACGGAAACGAAUUAUUGUUGUCGAACGGUGGUCGCGUUGGUAACGCUCCGCAAGGUGCUUUUCAGAUUUCUCCUUUCCUCUAAACAAAACGUUUCAUGCGAACUCGAGAUUCCAUUUAAACGGAUUUUCAGUCUCUCUUUUGACUUUCGAUUAAAAAUUUAUUUUGCGUGGGGGUAGCCAGAGAUAUUAUUCUACACAGAUCCUGAAGAUUAAUUUCAAUGGAAAAUUAUUUGUUUGUCUUGUGGGAGACUUUGAUAUUGUACUCUCUCGUCUAGACAUCGUUAAUUGAUUCCGUUUUCGUUGCGGUCAAUACAAAGGUCCCGGAUAAACUUAGAACGUUGAAAGCUAAAGUAAACGAUCAACAGACUACCACGAAACUUUAUUCAUUAUCGUGAAAAAAAUUAUUUGUUUCAUAGAAUGUUGCCAAGAACGACGUAAUAUUUUGUCUCUGAACGAUUGCAAUCACGAUGCAACGUGUUGCACUUCUUCAGCAAACAUUUGUUAUCUUUAAUAUAAACGAUAAGCACGUUAUCGUUUCCAAGUAAAAAGUUGCUUAAAAUAAUCGAUCGUAAAUUCUUCGAAAAAUGUUGGGUUUCGGUUCGUAGCACCGAAGAAACAAGAUUUGCAUCAAAUUAGAAUAUAUUAUUCUUCGUACAGCUGUUUAGCAGAUUCAAGAUACAGGAAUGUUUUUAUAAAACGUUCUUCGGGAGCCAGAAAUUUCUUCGAGGUAGUUGUAUAAAGGUUCUUUUUUUUUAAUUUUAUUACAUUGUGUGAAUUAAUUUCGUUUCGAAACAAUAUCAAUUUUAUUCUUAUUUUUGCAAUUUUCACACAGUUUUUCCUAUCAUACAAUCUUAUUUUAUCGAUGGUAUUUUCAAUAUCAAUUGAUGACGCUGAUUUUUUUAAAGGAUGCAUAUUCUGCAUCCUAAGGUGCGUCCUGAGUUGCAUUAUAGGUCGCACCGUAUGCGUGAGUAAUCAUGAACGUGUUAUAUCGAAUAUAAAAUAAAAUAAAAUAUGUAACUUUAAAAUGAAAUAAAAUUGAUCGAGACGACAUGCGACAGUUUGAAUUCUUAAACGCAUGGACGAAGCCUAAAUGUUUAAUGUGCCAGACGGAUAAUUCAACCGGAGAUAACAUCGAAAAUAGCAUCGUUGAGAUUAUUUCAGUGGCUGAAAGAGACAGUUUCAUUAAAUUUUUAGUCUUGGUUUAUUUCGAAACGUAGUUAAGUCUGACAUUAUUUGAUGACAAAAAUAUCAUCAAAUAACAUUUAUGGUAUAUCAAUUUAAAGCUUAAGGUAUAAAGAAAAUUGCUAUGUAAUCAGUUCGAUAGUAGUAUUAUUAUUUUGAGAUAUAAUCGAUUAGAAAUUGUAUAUUGGCUAAUUAUUGGAAAUGUGAUAUCUGUUCUAACAUACCAGCAGUAAUUUUAUAUCAAGAAUGUUGAUAAAAUCUUUACGUACCGAUUUUUACGAAAUCUUAAGCUUUAAAUUGAUAUGCCAUGAGUGCCAUUUUAUCUCGUUUUACGUUUGAGGAUCUACCAUUUAAUACGGCAGUUUACCAUACUGCUAUUUAAUAGUUCUGUGAUCUUUCGCAAAAUUUCUCUCCAUUAAAAUUCAUAUUACUUAUUUGGAUAUAGACUAGCUUUUUAUGACAAGUUCAAAGAUUAUCAUUUCAAGACGAUACAAUUACGAGUAAUCUACUGAUGCUCAGUUCGUAAUGAUGUAUCAUAUCAAUGGCUCCAGUUAUACUCGUUUCAACCGGUAACUCAAAUCUCAGAAUUUUCCUGAAAUUUCAAAUCAUUAAUCGCUUCAAACAUUAAUCAUUUACCAACGUUUUGAAAGAUAGUUGUUCUAAUGGUCAUUCUAAUGGUUCUAAUAGUGCGUGGACGUUUAGAAGAAGGUGCAUAUCAUUGAAACUAAACGUGGUAUUGUGAUGUUGUAAAAGGUGCUUGGACCGAAAACGUUGGUUCCUACCGGAAGAACCGCUGAUCUGCAACAGUAAGCCGGGUAUCUAUUGGUCCAGCUUGUGCUGCAAUAAAGACUACUGCAAUCAGAAUUUAUAUCCGGUCUUACUAUCUUCCGAUUCGCCUGACUUAUCCUCAGGUAUUCUCACGCUGGUUCGAUACAGACCAUCCACCUACGUAUUUUAUUUUUGCUCCUAAUUUUUCUACUUUCUUUUACUCACUUUCUGGUUUUCUUUCUGUCAUACUUUAUCCCAGCACCGGAUUAAGGGAAGGUCUAAAGGGGGCUGUAGCCCUGGAACCCACUUUCCGGUGGACUCCAGUGCAAGCCUUUCAUUUUUAUUGUUGCCUUUUUUCGUUAUUUAAUUUUAUUUGGAAUAAAUUUUUGAACCAAGUUUAUCAACCAAGGGGCCCCCAGAGGUUCGAUAACUCCGAGCCCCAGAAAUCUUAAUCCGGUCUUGCUUUAUCCUUUUUCUUCUUCAUAGAAAAAUUUUCCUUUCGCUACCUCCGAAAAUGAUAUUGAAAGUAUUUUCACUAAUUAUGAUUACAAUUUUUUUUGUUUAAUAUGGUUUCAACCCCUUGCACUAUGCGGAAACUCGGAAAAAGCCAGGCCAAAUACGGGGCAUCCGAGUGGCGCAGACAGAGUGUCGGAACUUUGAAACAUGAUAUUUUGCGACUGAGUGCGAGAGAGACUAGUUCGAAAUCUCGAUCACAAGUCAGACUCGUGAUAUUCAAGUUUGGCCUAAAAUUUUCAUCACGAGUCAGACUCGUCAAAAUAGUGCAAGGGGUUAAUUGAACACUGGGGUAAAUGUGCGCUUUGAUACACUGGUUAUUUGAGGGAAAGUUGUCCAUUUUAUUUGGAAUAUUGUUUUGCUGGCUUUCGACCACAAGUUCUGCUCGUUUUUUAUUCGACACAUGGGAUAUUGGAAAGUUGAUCGUUUGUUGUUCGUUUUUGUAGGAUUUAUGGAAUCACUUUGCCAGGACGUUAACACUUAAACCGUGAUUUGUUAUUAUAACUUUGUCCAAUAGAAAAGUUGUUUUCGGUUUUUUCUGUUUCUAUAAUAUUUGUAGCACCAGAUAUUUGAUUUGUAACUGCAUAUUAUUAAAUUGAUUCUUUGGAUUUCAAUUCCUCUUUCAUUAAUAUCUUUUUGCAGUAUUAACUAAAGUGUCUCGUUUCAAAGGUUUUGUAAUCGGAGCAAAAUCAAUUGCUUUUAAAUUAAAACCAAAGAGUACAUUUCGCAAUUCCAAAAAAAAGUCCAAAUAUUAGCGUAAGAUCAGUCAGCUAUGUUGCCGCAGGUGAACGUAAACUAUUCAAUUCAUGUUUUAAAAAUAAAGAUUUCGAAAGCGAAGAAAAACGGGCGGAACUUAUUCCCGAUCGAUAGUUCGAUUUUAUCGGCGGAUUAUAUUAUUUCGCUGAUAACUUUCAUCGUAAUUUGCAUCUUUAAUGGGUGUUUAUUCCUCUCGAUAACCCUUUUGCUAUGAGAGUUCUCUACAGGAUGCUCCACACAAUUUCUCUAGUCUCAAUGCAAUUAGAAAGAAUAAGAAUAGUUAAAACUACUGCAUUCGUAGUACUACGUCGUACUACAGUGCAUCUGUAUGCAUCAGUUGCAUUAUUUUUUCAAAUCGACCUACAUAUCUUGUUCUAAGUGCAUCUAUCCUUUGAAAUAUUCUAUGUAAAAAGGUAUUUGAGUAUAAUUAAAAAAAAAUUAAUAGUUUAUGAAAUAUUUAAAAUUUACAAACGAGAUUUGAGAAAAAUGCAUAUGCACCUUUAAAAAAAAAAGAAAGUAUUAGGGUACAAUUUAAAAAAAAAUCAAUACUUUGUUAGAUAUUUUAAUUUUUUUAACGAACACUGUACACAAUGAACGCUAUAGCAAAAGGGUUUACAGUAAGCGCGCGACUAUUCCUAGUUCUUUUCUUAUUUCUUUUUCAUUUCUUUUGUACAAUCGUGGUUUUCGCGGAAAUAUUUUUGCAUUCGUCGACUACCGUCUGCAUGCACGACCGCCCACACCCGCUCGAAAUCGUAGAGGAACGCGCGCGAGCGAAAGCCUCGCACACAUCGUUCUUCUUAUAACUAACCGUGAAAACAAGCGUAAUAACGAACUUCCUAACGAGAUCAUUAACUGCAUUUCUUGCGGUAGUCGAGUACUCGUAUUUUUCUCUCUUUCAUUCUCUCUUCUACAGUUUUACAUUCAUCUUUUCGAAUUUUACGAGUGUUCUCUUUGGUCGGUCGACUAUUCGGUCAGUCGAGCUACGGAGUCUGCGUCCGAUUAACUAAUUUUUCACCAUAACGUUCAUUGUACUACUCACAGUUAGUAAAUUAAUUAUCAGAAAAAGUUUAAUUAGAAAAGAUUUAAAAACAACAUAUGUUUCUAUUAAUAAUAAUUACAAAUUACAAGCAACGUAAGUGUCAGUGUUUGUGAAGAAAUUGAAAUUUUAUCAUGCAGAGAUAUCAUUCUCUUUCGUUCAGAGUGUUUUACAUUCACCUUUUCUGAUUUCACGAGUGCUCUCUUUGACUAUGCAACCAUUCGGUCAGUAGUCGAGCCCAUGGGGUCUGCGUCCGAUUAAAAUUUCAGAACGAUGCAAAAAUAGUUCAGCGUUAGCUUUCCUUUCUCCGGGGUCCACUUGAACCCCUCUCGCGGUUCUCGUGCCUCAUAUUUUACAUUUGUUAACGCUCGUCGUUCAGAUAACGUGAAACGUACUUACACGAUACGCGGCUCAGCGAGUGCUUGUUCGUUCUAUCGCGAAUCGAACCUUAUGCAGCAGCUGGCCUCUUGUAUCGUUUUAACCCAUUUGCAUCAUUAGCUGGUAUCGCUGGAUGUGUUUUUCUCCUUUCCUCUUAAAUCGACGUUAAAUUUAAUAGACUGAAUCUAAAGUCCAGAGCAAAUGCACAUUACACGAGAUACCUGAUUUUAAAAGCUUGUCAAAACAUGAUUAAAUUAAUAGAUAUUUGUACCAGGUACCUACGAUAAUAACAUGAAAGGGAGUAAUAGUUUAAUUUUUAUUUUUUUCCUUACUUAAUGAUGACCUUACUAUGAGAAGAAAGUGCAGUUGCAUUUUUGCGUUUCUAACAGAGCUGCAUCUUUCUUACUAUUUUCAUGUUAAUUUCACAAUCGUAUCGUAUUGAUUUUUACAUCACAUUAUUAUCAUUAGCAAUAUUAAUUAAAUUAUAAAUAUCUGUUUUAAAGUACCCGUGUAAUGUGAUAUGUUAACAGAAUUCCAUUCAGAUUCACGGUGAAGAUUAAAUUCGUCGGAAAGCAAAGCGAAGGUGAUUCUCACAUUCAUAACAUACGUACAAGUAAUAAGCGUCACGAGUAUCCACGUUCAUUAGAGGAACAGGAAAAAUGUUUCCUUUUGUUGCAGCAAGCCAGUUAAGCGAUUGCACCGGAUCAUUAUCCACUUGGUAGUGCGUACACACAUAAAUGCGUUUCAUGCACGCGAGUCAGAGAUCAAUCUGAAUUUUCUGGGUUAUAAAGAACGAGACUAAUUAUCGGAAGUUAUUUCUCCUUUCUCUUCUAUGUACGUCUAUUUCUCAUCUCGUUUGCCGCCUAUUUUUCACGCGGCAACGCGCCAUCAUUGAGACACACGUUUCACGUGUUAUUAUCGAUCAUCGAUCGGACGCAAAUCCCUUGGUAUUCCAUUUAAAAAAGGAUACAUCCGUUUCGAAGAUUGGCAGAAAUUGUACCGCAUCGAAUCGAGGCCAUUUUUAGAGCUAUCUGAUACCGUCACUCGGAUUGAACAUUACUUUAACAUACAGAAAAUUAUUGAUCUUUUCCUAUAUAUUUUCAUAGUAUUCGAGGAGAAAAAUGGAAAAGUACUAGUUUCAACUUUAGGAAUCCAUCUGUUCAGAAGUUAUGCAUAUGUAAAAUCGAACAUUUUCGAGGUUAGUUGGAUGCCAUCUUGACUUAUCUAUAAUCUGAUUGGUCCGCGGAAACUAGCAUCAAAAUGGUGUCGAAAAACUAACCCAACCUAACAUGUGCAAAGCACAUCUAAAUAGAGACAUCUCAUAAUAGAGAGAUUCUAUCUAAAAAUUUUAUAUUUUGCAACAUAACAUGGCAUUUAAAAAAAUAAACAAUAUCAUGACGCGUUAAACAUUGUAGAGUGUUAAACGGGGAAUGAAAGAGAGAAUAAACCACAUUCAGCAGAUUUUAAUGAGUUAAACCGGACAUAAAGCAGCGUAGAACGAGCCGGAGAUUAUUCAUCAGAAAUCUCUCGCGAUAUUUCAUGUGUAUGUACGUGAUCGGGAUCGAGCGUGUUCGAAUUACCGCUCGUUGUGGAUCACCUUGACGCUUGUCUCACGACGAGUUCGCGAUUCCUGCGCAUUUACAUUUCCUCUGGAAUUUUUCAAUCUCAUAUUCUUCAUCCUUUACCAUAUUUUCUCCCCUCUCUUUUUUUUCUGUGAAGAUUGUGACUUCGUUUCGAUUUCGAUUUGAACCACCUCGACUAACAACAUCUCACUGCAUCUGCGAUGAUGAUGAUGAUGAUCGUUUGAACUCUUAACCGUUUCUGUGUGUGUCGAGUUCGAUUUGUUAUACUGUGCCUGCUUUCAUUUAGCCGGAUUUUAGCUUCGUUCGACGACUGGAUACUCUUCUAUCUUUCGACCAAAUCUCUUCAUCAUUUUAAUAAGGGAACAGUGAGAAAUCUUAUUCAUCCAUUUGGUUCAAACUUUGUGGGUUGAACUCACGAUCCGCUCGUGGUUCACUCUAAGGGUGUGCGGGUAUUCCUAUUUGUUGAGCACCCGAGCAGUCGAGUCGGAUCGGAUAAAGUCGAACAGACUUGGACAGGUACCAGAGACAUAGGAACACUUGGGUAUCCCGACUAUGUAUUUGGGGAAACCGUAAACUCCUAGGUGUUCUCGGUUUCAUAAUAUAUUAUUUAAUUAUUCAAAUUGUAUGCCUCGAAGUGGAGCGUUAUUCAUAGUGCAAUUUAAAGAAAUAAAAACAUAUUUUAUUGAACUAGAAGCGGACCAUGAGUGGACCGUGUCCAUUUUCCAACUUAUACAUACCUUCCAUUCCUAUAGUAUUCCAUCAUACUAAAUUGAUAGAGCCAUUAACGACUGCUAUAAACCCACGAAGUUUCAUUCAAACUGACGGACAAGAGUUCAAGUUGUUUUUUAUAAGAUCCAUUAAUAGUCGAAUAAAUUAAAAGAAACGGUCAGAUUCGUAUAUUGUUUUGUGUUUUUAUUAUGCUUCAAUGAAGUCUCGAGAGAAUUAACGGGAUUUCAGGAACGACCAUCUACUACCAUUGGCUACCCCCACUGUCAGGUAUCGCAAACAAGUGUUGAGUUGCACGGUGUUGAACAUUUCUUUUUUCCACUCCCACCCAUGUUUUUCUUUUUGGUUUUUUAACAAUUCUACCCUUUCUGUGUUUUCUAUUUUCCGUGUUGAGUUUCUUGGUUUUUUUUUCCUCCAGUUUUGUUGAAGUUUGUUUAGCAAACCCAUUCGAGCCAGCAUUCAGCAUUCGCGUGUUAACUGUGGUGCGAAAUAAUCAGUGCUGUUAAUGAUUCCGUGGUAUAGUUGGCCAACAAAUACCUCUCCAAAUGGGUACUUGUUAUUUAACAAUCAAGGAUGUUUUAUUUUACAAUAACUUGCGAGAGCCACUUUACCACGGAACGAGCGAAGGAAACGACACGAUUUCGGUCGCAUUAUAACGUUUCCUCGAUACAAAUCUCAUUUUUUUUUUAACAAUGCAUGACAUUUGACAGGUUCGCUGUAAGCGUAACGAUCAAAAGGUAAAGAGGAAACAAGGAACAUAAUGAAAUUGAAUUUUUCUUCAAAAUUAAGAGUUCAUGGUCUCUGUUUUUUUCAAGCGGGAGUUUCUUGGUUUGUUAUGUUUCCAAAAGCAGAUGGAUAUUUUUGAACAAUGAUUUCAUCGUCGAAUGUCUGAUGGUGCAGUAUUAUGCAACAUAGGUCAGUGUUCUUUGUUUCUUAUUAGUUACCUUUUAAUUGAGAAAGCUGAAGAUGAUCAUAAAAUUUGCACGACGUUUUCAAAAUAUUCUCCAAAAAUAGGCUAAUUUUAGUAUUUUAUUUGAAACAAACUAAUUGUUUUAGAGUUAAAUAACUUUUUAUACUGUAUUUAGAUAUCAUUGAAGAUAAUACAAAAAAAUGUUUAAUGAACCCGCAAGUUCCUUUGAAAGUAAUACACAGUCGCGUGCAACGUAGGCUUAUGUUGAUUAAGGACAUGAUAAAGGAAGGACUUAAUUUAAUUACGAAUUUUUGUUUAUUCUUUAUAUGUUAGAAUAGGGGUCUACGUUAGGUUUUUUGUAGGUUCUCCUCAAAUCAAAGCAAAUGAUAACUGACUUUUCCUUCUAUUUUUACCCUUAGCUAAAGGUAGCUACUUUGCACUGAGCUGUACAUUCAGGUGCAACGUAGAUUUCGAAGCGUGCACUCAGGUGCAACAUAGACCUCCUUUGGUGAAGGAUAAGCGUAAGGAUCCUAAUCUAGAAUUUCAAAUUCUUGUAUACAAAGAAUAUAAAUAAAUAAGACGAGUGAUAGUACAUUCUUUCUUUUACAUGUCUCCUUAAAUAACAAUAAAUAAAAGUUGCACACGAUUGUACGUACAUUAACAUUGAUAGAUUUCUGUUGGAGUUAACCGAAAUAGAGUGCUCCGAUAAAAUUCGCGAUCCAAAGCACGAUCGUCCCCCUGACGUCACGUUGGUUUGUCUCUUUUGUUUUUCUGAAACUGUUGCAAACUCGGCUUGAAGGUGCGUGAAUAAACAGCUGUCGCCGUCGCAGCCCGAGCCGCUCAUCUUCUGCAUGACGAGCGACUCGCGAAAUACGACCUUUGUCAUCGAGUGCUGCAAAGAGGAUUUUUGCAAUCGGGAUCUGAAACCUCCGCUGCACCCCCGCAAAGAAGGUGUUACGAUAAGGUGCACUUCUUCCCGGCGCCCGAGUACUCGAUCUGGUGCAGCAUGAAUAGUACUCUACGCGGUCCAGGCGACGUGGAAUACGUGGUCGCCUGUUGCGAUCACUCCGACUUCUGCAAUCGCGACCUAAGGCCCUCUUUUCCCUCUCGCGAGUUCAGAGGUGGGCCAUAUUCUCGAAUCACCGACUACCUCGGACGAGUGCCAUCGAUUGGUGAUGACGCGACAUGGGUCACUUGGAAAAUGGCCUUGACGAUUGCGAUGCCAAUAUGCGCGAUCUGCGUGGUUGUCAUGGUCAUCUAUCAUGUGUACAUGACCAAACCACCAACCCCACCUGACCCUGACGAUUCGGAUCGACCCAUUUUGGAUGGUGUUACCAUUAGAGACAUGCUGGAGAAGACAACCAGUGGUAGCGGCUCGGUAGGCCUGCCGCUUCUGGUACAGCGGAGUAUAGCCCGCCAGAUUCAGUUGGUGGAGACGAUCGGAAAGGGUCGCUUCGGCGAGGUCUGGCGUGGUCGUUGGAGGGGUGAGAACGUCGCUGUCAAAAUCUUCAGCUCCCGCGAGGAGAGGUCUUGGUUCAGGGAGGUUGAAAUUUAUCAGACGGUGAUGCUGAGGCACGACAAUAUCCUUGGGUUUAUCGCGGCUGAUAACAAAGAUAAUGGUACAUGGACCCAGUUAUGGCUGAUCACAGAUUAUCACGAGAAAGGUUCUCUGUUCGAUUACUUGAACGUAUCGACGGUGGACACGAAUGGAAUGAUCAGAAUGGCCUUGUCGAUCACCACGGGGUUGGCCCAUCUUCACAUGGAGAUCGUUGGCACGCAAGGCAAACCAGCCAUAGCUCACAGGGAUUUGAAGUCGAAAAAUAUCCUGGUGAAGACGAAUGGUACAUGCGCCAUAGGUGAUCUCGGAUUGGCCGUCAGACACGACGUAAGAACAAACACCGUCGACAUUCAGUUGAAUAAUAAUCGGGUCGGUACCAAACGAUACAUGGCACCUGAGGUUCUCGAAGAGACGGUAAACAUGAACCAUUUUGAAUCGUUCAAGAGGGCUGACGUGUACGCUCUCGGGCUGAUCCUCUGGGAGAUCGCCAGGCGAUGCAAUGUCGGUGGGAUCCACGACGAAUAUCAGUUACCGUUUUACGACUUGGUGCCUUCCGAUCCGACGAUCGAAGAGAUGCGUAAAGUUGUGUGCACCGAUAGACAAAGGCCCUCGAUACCGAAUCGGUGGCAGUCGAUCGAGGCACUGCAAGUGAUGUCGAAAGUGAUGAAAGAGUGUUGGUACCACAAUGCGGCAGCUAGAUUAACCGCGCUUAGGAUUAAAAAAUCAUUGGCCAAUUAUGGUGCGAUGGAGGACCUAAAGUGAAACGAGGAGACGCUUCUGGACGCGUCAGUUUUCUCGUUGACCGUUCAUACGAUAAAACAGAAUGAAAGUGCUCGAAACACACUUGUGGACACUCAAUUUACCGUAACACUUAUCGCAAUAAAAACUUUUAAGUGCCGUGUUACUGCGUACGAGAAAGAGAGCGAGUCAGAGAGGAAGUGAAUGUGAAAGAGAGAGAGAGAGAGAGAGAGACACUGGAUGAAAUGAGAAUUCUAUAGAGAAGCAGAGAGCCUAAUGAAAGACUGGUAAGAAAAAAAAAAUUAAUAAUCGAGACGACGUUCCUUUAAUCGCGUUAACUUCGUCGGGUUGUAAUCUAAUUUCCAUUAUCAGCUUGUAUACGCGAGGCGGUAGAAGGGUAGUCAGCCACUCGAAAGAUGUUUUUCGAAAACGUGAACGAGCUAUGACUGACAGAAAUAAGGACAGGGUCGGCGGGGAUAGUCCACACGAAAUAUCGAGGUGCUGAUCAGUUGAUCGAUCGAUCUAAUUAACGAAAAACACGCGCAAAAUCAGUUUGGUUAACCGAAUGAUCACGCCUGAUCACGCGUCACACCGCUACUGUAUAUUUAUUAAUAGCGAUAAUAUAAUGAAAUAUAUAAAUUUAUUAUAUAGCGACCAUUAUUGAUUAAUAUUAACGAAUAUUAAUAUAUACACACAUACACGUACACACACACGCGCGCGCGUAUUAUUAUGUAUAUUCGUUGUCGGGCUACAGGAUUCGCUUAACCAAACCAAAGAUUUCUUUGAUCACAAAGGAUCAUUGCAUCAAGACGAUUACUGAUUAUUAUAAUUCAUUCUUGAUCGAUCGAUCGACGUUCCUCAGUGUUGGAUUCUCUUCGCCAUGCAAGUUUUUUCCCCCCUUUCGUACUAGCUCUACGAAGAAAGGCCUUCAUGUCGAGUAAAUUUUCCUAUUGUCUCCUAUUUUCUGUUUCUUCUUUUCUACGUCGUACGGAGAUUCGUUACUUUACCGGUGCAUGCAGAGACUGGACUUUUCUUUUCGGGAGCAUAUACCAUACAAACCGUGUUACAAGAGAAAUGCAUAUCCUUGUUUCUCAUUUUAACGUUUUAUAUACAAGGUAGAUCAUGAUAAGUGAUACAAUUGGGCGAUAGGUGAAUCAUCGGUUUACCCGAUUCUACUACCCAUCUUGACUCACUCUGUACACUCGGGAUCAAAUCAGGAUUCCUUAGAGAAAAUGGAGAUAUAUGAAAAAUCUUAAUAUUAAAAGUGAUUUAGCAACAAAGUAAUAUGAUUUUUAAUUAUUAAAUAUUAUAAAAUUUAACUCCCCAUGGGUGGUGGUGGGCCACAUAUCUAUAUAUACACGAGGCCACGUUUGCUGCAUCUUCAUUUUCCCCAGGGAUGCCCAGGGAGAUGGACGGAAACCCGAGGCAUCACCAUUUUCUCUGGCAAAAGCCUGAUUUGAUUACGAGUGUACAGAGUUGAAAAUUUUAAUCCUGUUUGUGUAUACAGGGUAGAUAGGAGAAUCGAGAAAUUUAUUAUUAUUAAUAUAAACGACCAUGUGGUUGAAGCACACAUGGUUUUCUUUAUGGGAAACUAUGAUUUAAAUAGGAACAUUCUAAACUCUUCCUAAAAUUAUUUUUUCAUUUUUUUAUCAUUCAAACUGAAACUCUUCCGGUACGCUAAGUUUCUACUUAAGGUUUUUACAACGAACGUAUUUUUCCACGAUUUUCACUUUGGUUUCUUACACCAGGAUAUACAUAUAUACUAUAUAAACAGACUGGCGCGUAUUCUUAGCGUAGACAUACCCGGGUGUUUUGCUCAAGACAAAAUAUUUUUGCGUAUCAUAGUAAAUACGCGAGCUGAAGGCGGCGCGUCACGAUACGCGGGACUGUCGAAGCGUGUUUCCUUUGUAACACAGGAAGGCUGAAAUUGAAGGGUGCUAAGCUCAAGAAUGAAUGUAUCAUUUGCGUGAGAGAAAGGAGCAAGAGUGAAAGAAUGGAAGAAUUAAAAAUUGAAGAAGAGAGAGAGAGAGUGUAAGAUAGACUGAACGAAGAAGAGAUUAGAAAAGAAAAUGAGAGAGAAAGAGAGGUGAAGAUGAAUUGAUAAAAAAAAAAGUAAAACAUUGGAGAAAUUAUAUUUUCGGGAAUUUUUUCAUGAAUCGAUGAAAGGAAAACGAGAGAUGCGACUGAUAACGAUGGUACAUGAUUGAUAAGCUUCGUGUGCUUCCCUCAAGUAUUCCCCUUCGUUCUUCUAUUUUUCACCGGUGAUAUUCUAUACGUUUUCCUUUAAAUUCGCGUUCUCGGAGAAGAACAUGAAGGAGAAUACUUGUCGCGGUAUACGUUUCUUGGGACAAAACGCAAACACGAGGACAGGCUUGCGUGCAUCUGUUGUGAAACGAGUGCAGAAUGCAAGAAUGCGUAUGGUAUGUCUCUCUGCGAAGCUAAAUAAAUCAUGUUUCUGACAAAGCAUGGUUCGUUAAAUCGGUAAUGUUAAAGAAAAAGAAAAACAAAAAAAAAGAAAAACAGAAAAAAAUCAGUGUAUACUUCCUCGAUGAAGCACGUAGGCGUAUCACGAAAGGAGAACACGAACAGUGAAAUACAAAGAAAGAAGAAGAUGAUGAUUAUGGAAUACAAUAGAGAAGAUAACGUAAGAGAUAAUCAGCAAGAAGAGAAGGGAAAAAAAGUAUCUUCGUCAUCCAAUAGUCAACGUGAAAAUCUGCGAACUUGCGAUUAUUAUUGUAUAAAAGAACGGAGGGUCCUUCGAACACAUAACUGUAUUUUUAUAUUGUUUUUUUUCUACCAACGACGAUUUUUCUCUUCCGUUUUCGAAACACUGACAAUGAGAACCGUUCGAAACCCAGCUGCGCGAUCCUCUUUGAGCAAAUUGAAUGUCGCCGAUAUUCAAAUAAUACGGGUAUAUGAUACAAUUGAAAAUCAUUAGCGAGUCAUUGAAUAAAUAAAUCAUUGUUCUCGUUAAAAGGAAAUCUCCUCUUUGUGCAAGAUAGAAUAUCAUUUUCCACGUGGAAACGUCACCGAGCAAAGAACAAACGCGUUCCCGUCUCGAUAUCGCAGAUUCUGCAAUUCACCAAAAGACUGAGCAAUCUAUAAUAUUCGACUAUAGUAGAUAACGAUUAAAUAAAUAUAAUCGAGAACUAUAAUAGUUGACCGCGAUUCAACGCGUAACGCCACUCGAGUUUACGCUGUUUUUUAACGAACGAAUAUUUUCGCUUCCUCUCGAGGCGUUUUUCUCGUACAUUCCUAUUACGACGUAGGCUAAUUUAUGGUACGUACACUUGGGUGCAAUUUAGAGGAUUUCAAGAGUUGAGGGUGAGAGUAAAAGGAAGAAUUGCUCAUCACUGGCGCUUAGUUUUGGGAGGGUUUUAGGAGGAAUUUGGGAGGACCCUAAAACAGUGUUAUCACGUAUAAAUUUUUUGAUUUCCAUAUUUUCCAGUUUUCAAGUUUACGAAUGUUUCUACUUAAAAAUUUCCAAAUUUGAUAAGUUGAAAAUUGAGCUAUUUAGAAAUAUAGAAAUUUGUAAAAUGGAAAUUUAGAAAUUUAGAAAUCCAGACAAUUUAGAUCUAUAAAAAUCUCAAGUUCGGCAAUUUCCAAAUUAGGAAACCCUAAUAGAACCUUAGAAAAACUCCAGGAAGACCCUAGGAUGAUUUAGAAAAAUCUAAUCUAGACCGUGAUUAGGUUCCCUUGGCUUUCCUUAAGUUCUCUCAGAAUUCUUUCAAAAUGAAAUACAACUGAUGGGUAGUUCUUUUUUCUACACUUAUUUUUAACCAAAAGAAGCUUCCAUUGCAUCCAAAUGUAUAUAAAUAAUGAUGUAUAGUUGCUGUGCGUUGAUGCAGUUCCACAGUAGAUAUGAAAGAAAUCCAACAAUUGGGAUCACAUUCUUUGAUCAUCUGGCUAUGGAACUUCGUCGACGGUCACGUCCCGCAGGUGUUUCCAUAUUACUAGUACAAUUUUGUGCCAAUAACAGAUCGAAUGUUAACUAACGCGAGAGACCAGUAACGAUAAUGUAUACACCGAGUAUUCACACAUGUGCACGUUGCUUCGAGAAAAAAUAUCUUUCACCCAUAUAAUUAAAUUUUGAUUCAUUAUUUGCUUCCAUAUUGUUGAAAAAGUGUUUUUAAUUCAUUUUUAAUAUUCAACAAUUUCUUAAUAAAAUAUUCUAUUUCUCAGUGAAAUUUACUAAACUAAAAUAUCAUUUUCAUCAGUGUACAAUAUUCUAUUUUGCAAGAAACGUAUUAAAAAUUCGAAAUGGAAAGAUAUUUUUUCCUCGUCAACGAGAUCAUAUCUACCGUCUCAUAAUUCCAAGCGACGAGACGAUUUAUCUGCGAUCGGUGGCGUUUUCGAUCGAAAUGAUCCUAGAAAGAGGGCAUCGUGUCACCUGGGUGUCGAAGCAUCGAACAGAGUCUGAUUCAUAUCCGACAAAAUAACUGAACUGCCAAAUAAUAUAUUUCAAACCCGCUCUUCUUUACUCCCCUCUUUACCGUUUUUAAGCCCUACCUUGUACAAAAUGAGAGGAAAUAUAGCAAAGGCGUAAAACGAUAAUAGAAAUCGUGGCGUUGCGAAACAAAAUGGUGGCGUGUAUACCUGCAUCGUAUUAGAGAAUGCGAGAUACCUGUACCUUUGGGACGAUGCUCUCCUGGCGUCGUCCGCUUUUAUUAGUUUAAAACCGCGUUUUUUUUUUCUUGGUUACGUGUAUUGGGUGUUGCGAGCACCGGUUACAGGAGAAAGAAUUUAUCAAAUUCAGGGUUGUUGGAUCGUUUCAACGUCACGUUGACGUCGAUGGGUUGACUGGCAUAUUGAUUUCUUUGAAUGUUGAUGAAAAGUUUGUGAAAAAAUUAACAAACAUCCCCGAGAAUUAAUUGAUUUUUAAGGUGUAUUGAAUAAAAAUUGUACGGAAGGAUGUUUUCUGUUGUAAUAAAAAUAUUAUUUAUUUUUAUUUAUUCACAGAAUUGUCUUCUAAAUAUUUAUUAUUAGAAGGAAUAUUUUUAAUAAAAAUCAUUCUGUUUCAAAGUAGGAAUCAUAAUAAAAUUAUGAAUUUUUGAAUUGUUAAAAUUAUGAAUUGUUAAAGUAUCAUGGAAAUCAUUUUGCCGUGCAACGUGUCAAUGUAUAUUUUAGAAUGUUAACUGUAAUAUUUAAGAGUUCAGGUAUAUUAUCGUUGAAGCGGUGCAACAAUUCCAUAGCGUUCAGACUUACUUUGUGUAACCACAUUACGCGUUAAUUAGCAGUCGGUAAUGAUUAGAUUCGCUAAAUAAUGCCCUGAUUUUCAAUCGAAUUUUUUCUAGAGGAAUUGGCGUGCAUCUAGCUAACGUAGACUCAUUGUUGCGUCCUUUUUUCCUUGUGUUACCAUUUAUUAUUAAUCUUAAAUUCCUUUCUUUUUAUCGUUGUUUUUUAUACCAUUUUUUUUUUUUAUUCAUUUGAAGGUUUUCGAACAAUUUUUUGAGAUACUUUUAACGUUUCAAUCUAUUUGUACCAAGCUGUUAAAGUGACAAAUGGUCCGAAUCAUGAAAACAUAUCUUAAUUUUGUAUCAUUUGAUUUAUUAUAAAACUUAGGGAAGUAAAAUGACUUUUAACAUAGAUUUUGUAUUUAAUAAAAAAGAUGAAUCAUGAAAAUGAUAGAUUUCAAGUAUGAAUCUUUUGGCAUAAUAAUGCAAUUGUUGGACAUUGCAGUCCAUAAAUGAAAUUUUAGAUAAAUCUUUGAAAAUUUUUGACUUGAUAAUUUUUUUACUGAAAUACUAUUUUUUGACAGAGUAACAAUUUUUGAAUUUUUUACAGUACCAUUUUAUCAUGUGUGACCAUGGCACAAAUGGGUUAAGAAUACAAUUAUUUAAACGAUCGUGUGAAAUUAUUUUUCCUUAGACUUAUUUCUAUCGUGUGCGAAUGAAUUUUUCUUGCAGGCAGACAAAAUUUUUCUUAUCAUACCGAAGUACGUAAUAUUCGACCUGAUUAUAAACGAAAACUUCUUCCUUAACUUUAGACGCGCUAUUCGUUUGUUUGUUCUUUUCUUUUUUAUUUCUCUAAAACGAGUACCUACCAUUAUUAUAAUUAAUUGUAAUAUUAAUCGAUUAUUAUCGUAGCGACGAUAUUUCUGUUUAUCGUUUUCCACUUUUUUUCUAAUGUAUUAUACCCUGUACAUAAACGGUGUAAAUGUUUAUCGACGAUUUACAUAAGAAUAGAACGAGCACUUGUAAUUUUUCGUAAUGACGGAUGGGUGGAUUGGUGGAUGGUAUUUGUUUUCUUUUUUUUUUAGUUACAUGUAACGUAUGUUUGUAACAGGCACGCGGUUCUUUCCCUUUAUUGGCCUUUGAUAAACGUGUAGAAGUGUCGACGAGUUUUAAUAGAAGAAACAUUUUCUAAUCCUUUUGCUACAGGACUUGUAUACGAUUCAUACAGUAUUUAGAAUCUAUUAUCUUUUGCAAAAAAAUAAGAAAUACUAAAAAAAAUAUAUAUUAACAUAAGAACUUGAUCCACAAUUACUUUUAAAUUGAAAAUAAAAUAGAAAGCUGAAUAGAUAAGGAAUGAUGGAAGCUGGGUCAGUUUUAAAAUGUAUUAUGCAAUGGUGCUUUAAUUGUUAGACACUCGACUUGUAAAAAAAAUAUAAAUAAGAUAAGCUUUAGAAAAUAAAAAUGGAAAAUUUCACUUCGAUACGUGGAUUUCUGUAAACUAUAUUUCUAAAAAUGAUAAUUUCAUGAAAUAUAGGAUAGAAGCUGUGAAAUAUAAUAUAAAUUUAUCAAUAAUUCUAUUUUAGAUGAAAAGGAAUUAUACGAUCUUUAAAGUGUUAAAUUUAAGUUGGGUUAGCAAAGACCCAGCUCCAUCAUUCGAGGAUUAAUUAAUUAUAGUUCUAUCUACUGUCGAUGCGAAGGAAGAUACUCAUAAAAUAUUAUUACACGACUACACGUUGAUUAUAUAUUUAAAGAAAAUUUUCUUUACCAGUAUGAAAGAUAAUUAUACAUAUAAUUUAUAUUAAAUUCAGAUAUUAAUGAUUAUCGAUUAAAUCGAUCAUUGAUCAUCCACUGUCGCAGUAUGAUGUGUGCCUGACGGUGUGGGUGAAUCUUAAUACUGUUAAUAGAUAUACGUACCUAAUGUUAUUAACGAUUAAUUAACAUUUGAUUUGUAAUUAACGGGACAAUGGAAUUCUGGAGGCUGGUCUCGUUUCAGUCGUGUCCGAAGGCGAUCAUUUAUCAGCCUUGCACGUUACCCCUUUUUUUACGAUGAUAUUUGUUAACCAGCGUAGAAUUUUCUAAAAAACAAAAAGGAACAAAAAGAAAGAAAACUAUUCGUCGACAGUUUAUGGAAGGACGAUACUAAUUAGUUUCGCGACUUAUGCGAGAUCUGAGCCUCUUGCGUUGCUUGUCCAAGCGGACCCUACUAAUAAACGCCAUAGUGGUCUGAGAAGUAAUUGGCUCGAAGAAAUUAAAUUUACUUUAACAAUUGUC